UUCUACCCCAAUCUCAGUGAAUCAUAGCUAACAGGGUUAAGAAUUUAUUGAAAUCUGUUUGAAACUCCCAAGAACAGACCACAAGAACUGGAGGGAGAAAAGAGAGCUUAAGUCCAGCUUCGAACAUGUAUCCUGUUGUCUUCCUGCUUCAGGGAGCUUUCUUAGUUGCUGCAGUCAGUUCCAGACCAACCACAAAGCUUUAUGGGGAGAUCACUUCCCCAAAUUAUCCCAAAACAUACCCCAACAACAACAUCAGUACCUGGGACAUUUCAGUGCCAAAGGGUUACAGAGUAAAGCUAAGUUUCUGGCUGUUUGAUCUGGAGCCAUCUGAGACCUGCCGGUAUGACUUUGUCAAGAUCACAGCAAACAAGAAGGACUUAGGCCGAUUCUGUGGCCAGGUAGAUUCUGCCACAGGCAACCACCCAAGAGACAAGGAGUUUUUUUCUACCAACAAUCACAUGCGGCUCCUGUUCCAGUCUGACUUCUCUAAUGAGGAGAAUGGCAUUGUGGUUUCCUAUAAGGGAUUCUUAGCUUAUUAUCAAGCUGUGGAUCUAGAUGAGUGUGCCCCCAGAAAUGACGUCGAAGAUGGUCCGCAGUGCCAGCAUUUCUGUCACAACUAUAUAGGGGGCUACUUCUGCUCCUGCCAGCCUGGGUACCAACUCCAGAGUGAUGGGUAUUCUUGCAAAGUGGAUUGCAGCAAUGAACUGUUCACAGAAACCUCUGGGUAUUUGUCAAGCCCUGGAUACCCUGAGCCCUACCCACCUAACUUGCAGUGUAACUACAGCAUACGGGUAGAGAAAGGGAUGACCAUUAUCCUCAAGUUCUUGCAACCCUUUGAAAUUGAUGACCACCAACAAGUCCACUGUCCUUAUGACCAGCUUAAGAUCCAUGCUGGCGUGAAACAGAUUGGUGAAUUCUGUGGCAGAAAACCUCCAGGCAUGAUUGAAACCAAUAGUCCUUCAGUGGAUAUCAUUUUUCUCACAGAUGAAUCAGGAUACAGCCAAGGGUGGAAAAUUUCGUACAGUAUAGAAAGAAUCCGUUGCCCACAGCCUGUGGCAAAUGAUAUAUUCACCAUAAUCAAGGACCCCCAGCCCCUGUAUCAAUACCAAGAUUACUUCAUUGUCAGCUGCAAGACUGGAUAUAACUUGAUGGAGGGUAAAGAACACCUGACAUCCUUUACCUCUGUCUGCCAACAUGAUGGGACCUGGCAUCGUUCUAUGCCCCGAUGUGAAAUUGUGAAUUGUGGUGAACCUAAAUUUCUGAAAAACGGGGCAUUUAAUUUUGUAUCAGCAACAAAAAAUAAUAACUAUGAGUCGGUUAUCAAGUACCGCUGUAAUGAACCCUAUUAUCGCCUGGUCAACACCCCAGGAAAAGGUAUCUAUACCUGCUCACCUGAAGGUUCCUGGAAGGAUCAAAUUAAUCACGAUGACAUCCCAACGUGUCUGCCAGUGUGUGGAAAGCCAGACAACCCAAUCAAGGAAGUCCAGCGAAUUAUUGGUGGGAAGGAUGCCCCUCGAGGCAGUUUCCCAUGGCAAGCCAUGACGGUCAUCGCCGGGCGAGCAGGAGGGGCACUGCUGGGUGAUCGCUGGAUCCUGACAGCUGCCCACGUUUUGUACCCAAAAGGGAAAGGGAAUGACACAGAGAUGCUGACCCCUGUGCAGCUGGCAGAGAAGGCUGAAAUCUUCCUGGGUCACACAGAGGUGACUGAAUUGUACAAAACAGCCAAUAGACCAAUUCUCAGACUCUUUGUGCAUCCCAGCUACAACCCAAAGGAUGAGCACAACUUUGAUGGAGAUAUUGCGCUCAUCGAGUUGAGAGAUCCAGUGACCCUUGGCCACGACAUGCUGCCUAUCUGCCUCCCUGAGUCAGGAAACACCACCUAUUACCAUACAGGCUGGAUGGGGUAUGCCAGUGGCUUCGGCGUAGAAAAAAACAUCCUUGCUAGCAGGCUGAAAUACGCCCCCAUCCCAGUGGGCGACCAGGAUAUGUGUCGGAAGUGGUUGAAAGGAAAGAAGAUCUCUCAGAACGAUCCAGUCUUCUCAGACAACAUGUUUUGUGCUGGGACCCCCUAUGGUGGAAAAGACACCUGUCAGGGUGACAGUGGAGGGGCCUUAGCUGUGCGUGACCCAGAGACCCAGCGUUGGGUGGCCACAGGCAUUGUUUCUUGGGGCCUUGACUGUGGCAAAGGAUAUGGCUUUUAUACCAAAAUCAUCAAUUACUUGGAUUGGAUCAAGGGCAUCGUUGGAAAGGAUUGGGUGUCCAUGCAGGUUUCUCAUUAGCCAACCAAAGAAAUGUAAACUAAGUUAUAGAUUCCACGCACGCAUGGAAAAUGCAUACUUCUCAUUAGUUUCCUGCUGUUCUUGCUGCCCUGUCCUCUUUUCUUUGAUACCAAAUAAAUGUAUAAUUGCUUCUUUUAUUGGACGGGAGAGGGGGGAAUAAUUCCUCUUGCCCCUCAUUUCUCUUCUCAGUCUCCAAUGCCCCAGCAAAGAGAAAGGUUUCAGGAAAGGUGAAAGAUUUCUGAAUAGGAAAAGGACGUGUUGUUUCUUCCCAAUCCCUCAUCCUCUUGGCUCAAAAAUGUCUUUGAAGUUCUUUCUAGUAUCAAUGGGGACUCUGAGGUGGGAAAUGAUUGCAGUGCACACUAUAUAAUUUUGUGAAUAAGAUAUAUACUUUUAGCAUCUGCCUCCAGAAUCUGCCUCUACAUGCAGCCAUAGGAACCAAAAGCUACCAUUUUUUUUUGUAAAAAAUAGCAUCAUUUUUUCAUUUAUUGUUGCAAUAAGUUAGAGAGCUCUUUAUCCCCUUGCAAAAUAGACAAUUACUAGUUUAACUAACAGCUUCUAUUGAUACCUCCUGUAUCAAAUCUUUAGUUGCUUAGCAAAAUAAACUAAAGAUAGUUAAAUCAAACAUCUCAAAGGAUUUGUGUAUUAUUUUCAUUAACAGCAGAGAGUACAUCUGAUACAAACUUACGAUGAUGCCAUAACACAAUCUCAGAAAGAAUGUAUUUUUUGUGAUUAAUAAACAUUAAAGCAAGUUAUCAAUAAAUCAAAACAUGUCAAGAACAAUUGUUUAUGGCAGAAAACGUCACGUGUGAUAAACUUCGCUGUUAAGACUAUGCAAAACAAUCUAGAACAGGGGAAAUCAAUUGCAAAGCUGGGGAAAGAACUGCUCUACAUCUGUUGAUCCAGGUCUGUUUAGGCAGGAGACAUAAACCCAGUGCUGAUAUUUUUGCACCUGUUGAUUUCUGGGUUCUGCAACAGGAAGCUGUUUCUGCGUCUAUAUGACUCCUUUCUUGUCAUGAAGCAACUUACCUAACACUAUUGAGUCCAAGUAUCUUCUGCUGUCAUGUAUUUCCUAUAUGGGUAAAUUUAUAGGUGGAUAUGGCCUAAAAUAUAACUCUGUCUCAGCAACAUCGUUUUUCCACCUCUCUCCAUGAAGCUGUCUCCCCAGCUCAUGAGCAAAACAAGAAAUUUCCCUUAAUUCUCCUGCUAUUGAGGGUAGUCUCAAUGUGGGAAGUCUGCUUGGCUUUGAUAACUCCUUAACUUGGAGGAAGGUGAGAGAUUGCUACCAAUGAGUAGGCAUGAGCCAUAAAGGCAGAAUAGGACACAGCAAUAGUGGCAGCAACUUUCAUUAAUUUCAAGCUGGUUAUCGUUUUCUGCUGACUCAAGGCUUGGUGAAUAAAUUUCCUAACGGCAGUGGAGGAAGGCCCUUUGAAACACUACAAGCUAUGCAAAUAAAGAACUGGAACUUUGUCACUUAGAGAUGUUUAGAAACUUUCUUUGGUCACCAUGGCCAAAGGAGAGAUAAAGACAUCACCAUUCACUUGGCUGAGCACAACCAAAGUGUUGCAAUGGUGAAGCCCUGUUGCAAUUCAAUAGUAACCUGGCCUCCAAGACCAUUGUUCCUCACACACAUACAGAAAUAUUUUCCUGAUACAUAAUAGUACAAUAACAAACUCUCUGGAGCGCAAAUGUUUUAUGGAGCAUAUUAUCAUUCAUGGUAGAAUAGAAUUAUAUUCAGUCUUCCAAAGGGACAUCUGCUGGAGACUAAAAUUUAAAAUUGGCAAAUCUAAGUUUAAUGUGAAGCUUUAAACUAGAUAUGCAGCUACUGUAGUUUAAAGUUGCACAUUAAGGCAAACUGUUGUUUGUAUGGCUUAGCAGAGAGUUACCAGCCAUUCUGGUUUGUUAAUUAUGGUUUAGCCACUCCCAAUUUUAGAAAUUUUAGUGCUGGCCCUCCACUUUCCUGUUAGGCUUUAAGGUAAAAUGGCUUCACUGCAUUCUUGAUAUUCCCUUCUAAUGGAUAAAACAAAACAAAACAACAUGUGCUUUGUUCAGUUAGCUAUGUUAAAUAAACCUGGUCUAAGAAUGUUGUGUGAAGGCAGCUUUUGAAUGAAAGAAGCAUUCAAACUGUUUGUGUGUACACAUUGAUUUGGUCUAUGAUUAUCAGUUAGUGGACUACAAUGACCUAACAGCCAUGUUCCCGUAAUUCAACAGGGAAAACAAGGCCUCAUGUGAUCAUAAGCAAACAACCAGUUACCAUAACAAGGACUUGAUCCAAAUUGUUUCUCCCAACCAAUAGAGAAGUUUCAUGCCCAUAACUCUCUGUUUCUCUCUCAAGCCCUCCUCCGUGUGUGUGCGUGUGUGUGUGAGAGAGAGAGGAUGAGGGAGGGAGGUAGAGAUAGAGAGGAGCAAAGAUUUAACCUUGAUUUCAUUAUUAAAGUUUGCCAUUAAUAUCCAAAGUUUACUGGAAAUCAUCUGUAACAGCUUUUAAAACUUUUCUACAAUAAAUAUAUUUAUCAAAAGUC